GCAAAAACGAGGAAGCAGGAUAGAUUGGGUCAGCUGUGCAGUCUCUCCCACACAGCAGUGCGCGCUGAGGCGUGGAGUGACAGCAGCUGAACGUAAAGCUGUUAUUGGACACAACCUGCAAACAUGUCUGUGAUAAAAACGAGUGAACAUGGUCACUGUUUGGGGAAGUAAAAGGUUUUUCAUUUCCUCUGGUUUGGUGACGGGGACACAAUCUUUUUAUGUUCGUGGCCUCUCAGACGUGGAUGUGUCACAGACUGAAUCUGGCAGGAAGUCAUUUCAGGUUUUAUAUUCCUUUUAGGAUUCCAGAGACAAAAGAACAAGAGGUGACAGGAGAACUAGGUUCAGUGUGGAGAAGAUAGAGCUGCAAACAUGGAGCAGGAUAAAGUCGUGAAGAGUGUUAAACAAAAGCUUAAAGACCAUCUCCAGGAAAAGUUUACCUGGAUAAAUGAGGGCACAUCAGAUGGUCGGUCUCGACUUAACAGCGUCUACACAAAACUCUACGUCACUCAGCAGGUUCAGGAUUUUGGUUCCAGAUCACAUGAGAUUCUAGAUCACUUUAAUGUCCCAGAUCAGCAGUCAUCAUUUUCACAGGUGAACGAUCAACAGAUCGAUUUCUUGAAUAUCUUUAAACCACAAAGAGUUCAACAACAACCAACAAGAGACAAGACAAUCCAAAGAGUGAUGACGAAAGGCAUCGCUGGCAUUGGAAAGACAUUUGCUGUCCAAAUCUUUGCUCUAAACUGGGCAGAAGGAAAAUCUAACCAGCACAUUGAUUUCCUCUUUGUGCUCCCCUUUAGAGAGCUGAACAUGCUCAGACAUGCCGACUACAGUCUGCUGCAGCUUCUGCUUCACUUCUACCCUGAAAUAAAACCCCUAGAAGGUACACAGCAGCUUGUUCACAAGCAAGUGCUGUUGAUCUUCGAUGGUUUGGAUGAAAGCAGAUUUCCACUGGACUUUGAUGGAGCUGUGAGAAUAAGUGAAAUAGAUCAAAGAUCAACAGUCGAUGUGCUGCUGACCAACCUCAUCCAAGGCAACCUGCUGCCUCGCGCUCUGCUCUGGGUAACAUCCAGACCUGCAGCUGCCAGUCAGAUACCUUCUAAAUACAUUGACCAGAUGACAGAAGUCCAAGGCUUCACUGAGCAACAAAAAGAGUCAUACUUUAGGAAAAGAUUCAGGACUGCUAAUCAGGCAGAAGAAAUCCUGUCUCGUCUUAGAGGAAUGAUCAGCUUCUAUUUCAUGGGCCAUAUCCCAGUGUUUUGCUGGAUCAUCGCUGAGGUGUUUAGGAAAGGAUGGAGUGAUGACAGGAGCCACAGCAUCACAACAAUGACAGAACUGUACAUUUAUUACUUACUAAUUCAAACACAAAGAACAAGACAGAAAUAUGCAGGGAAAAGCUCCAAGAAGAGGUCCAAACAGAAGAAGUCUCAAGCCCAGAACUCUGCCAUGCUUUUAAACCUGUCCAGGUUGGCAUUUGAACAGCUGCAGAAAGGAAACAUCAUAUUCUAUGAAGAGGACCUCACAGAAAGUGGCAUCGAUGUUGAUGAAGCGUCAGUGUUUUGUGGAUUUUGCUCAGAGAUCCUUAAGGAAGAACGAGGCCUGUACAAGAAAAAGAUGUUCAGCUUUGUGCAUUUAAGCUUUCAGGAGUUUCUUGCAGCUCUCUACAUGUACCACUGCAUCCUGACGGACAACUUCAGUACUUUGGAGUCUUUCCUGGGUGUUGAUCUGACAGAUCUGAGCUUUCUGGAUUUGCAGAAAAAGGUUGUGGAUAAAGCUUUGCAAAGUGAGAAAGGUCAGUUCGAUCUGUUUCUGUGUUUCUUCCUUGGAUUUUCUCUGGAGUCCAAUCAAACAAUGCUGCAGAGUUUACUGCCACAGGCAAAGAGCAGCUCGGACACCACCGAAGAGAUGAAGGGAUACCUGAAGAAUUUCCGUGUCAAAGAUAUCCCACGAGAGAGGUACAUGAACCUUUUCCUCUGCAAGUUUGAGCUGAAGGAAAAGAGAUUUCAGGAUGACAUCAGAAUGUAUCUGGAUUCAGGAGCGAGACUCUCGACCAUCGACUGUGCAGUACUGUCGACCAUGAUGCAGAUAUCAGGGGAAGUGCUCGAGGAACUUGAUCUGACAAAUUCUGUUACACCGUUUAUUGGGACUGAGAAACUUAUCCAGCAAAUGAAGAACUGCAAGAAGGCUGUACUCAAGAACGAUCAGUUAAGCAAAGGUUGCUUAGACGUGCUGCUGUCCAUUCUUCAGUCAGCGGACUCGUGUUUAAGAGAGCUCAGCCUGGUGUAUUUUUCUAACGUCAGUGAUGGUUUUCCUUCUGAUCUCUUUGCUGGACUGGAAGGUCCUGACUGUAAACUGGAGACACUGAGGUUAUCUGGCUUUUCUCUCGACUGUAGCGACUCUCACAGACUGGUUUCUGUCCUUCGAUCAGACCUGUCACCCCUGAAGGCACUUGAUCUGAUUAACUGCUUAUGUAGUUAUUCAGAGGAUUACAGUGGAUAUUGUACAAAUGACGUGAAGACCAUUGGAAACUGUGGAGACUUCAGUGAUGAGUCACACCUGCUGACUGUGAUUCCUUCUGCCCUGAUUGGUCCAGUCUGUAAACUGGAGCGGUUCAGCAUGCCUGGUUGUUUCCUGAAAAAUAACUGCUGCCAGGUGUUUGCCUCCGUUCUCAGCUCUAACUCCCAGCUGAGAGAGCUUGACCUCAGCCGCAACGACCUGAAGGAUGUAGGUGUGCAGCUGCUGUCUGUUGGACUUGGGAGUUUAAACUGUAGCCUGGAAACACUGAGGCUGUCACGUUGUGGGAUCACAGAGGAAGGUUGUGUCUCUCUGGCCUCAGCUCUGAAGUCCAACCCCUCCCACCUGAGGGAGCUAGACCUGAGCUACAACCAUCCCGGAGUGUCAGGAGUGAAACUGCUCUCUGAACGACUGGAAGACCCAGAAUGUAGACUGGAAACACUCAAGUCGGUACCCUGUGUAGUAUAUAAAGCUGAGACCUUUCUGCUCUUCUGCCUCAGUGUGGACCACAAUGAAGAGCACUGGGUCGACCCACAGCUUCUGAACAAGUAUGCCUGUGAUCUCACAUUCGACCCCAACACUGUGAAUAAACAGCUGCUUCUGUCUCAGUGCAACAAGAGUGUGAGCUACACUCAUGAACAGCAGUCGUAUCCUGAUCAUCCAGAGAGAUUUGACCGAACGAGUCAGGUGCUGUGUCGAGAGGCUCUGACUGGGCGCUGCUACUGGGAGGUGGACUGGGAAGCAUUUGUGAAUAUUGGUGUUGCAUAUAAGAGCCUACCGAGGAAGGGACACUGGGACACAGAAAUUGACAGGACUGACAGAAGCUGGUGUUUCAGCAUCACCUCGGUGAAGGGUUACUCCUUCAGACACAACCUUAAGGAAACCUUUAUACUGGUCCCACACGUUGACAUCCAAGCAUUCCUGGUCACUCCAAAGAGACUGGGACUGUUUCUGGACUGGCCAGCCGGCACUCUGUCCUUCUACUUGGUGUCUGACGACACAAAAACUCUCAUUCAUACCUUCCACACCACGUUCAGCGAGCCUCUCUACCCAGCAUUCACUGUUCGUUUAGGAUCCUCUUUGACCCUGUGCAGGGUGCUGAAGCUGAAGAUGGAAACUACUCGUUCAAGCUUCACACCUGAGAUGAGAAAAGAAAGAACAGGCAUUUCAUACAGGUUCCUGUUACCCGGUCCAGGGUUGUUCCAGUGUUCUUUGACUGGUCUGGUCUUUGAUGUGACUGGUGAGAGUGAGGUCACCUACAAGACUCUGAUCUGGGAUCCUCUGGUUCUCCAACCAGCGCACAAAGUGGCCGGAGGCCCGCUGUUCGGCAUCGAGUGUCCUCAGGACUCUAUACGUCAGCUGCACCUCCCACACUGUGAACCUGAGCCGGCACUGGUCUCUGACAGCAUCUCUGUGGUCCACAUCACGGAUGAUGGCCUGAGCAUCAUACAGCCUCUGGAGAUCACUUUGACUCACGUGGUCGUGGACGUCCCUCACCUCUCCGCCUUUGGCCUCGUCUGGGAUCUCACUAAGCGGUUUUUCAAUUACAUGACGAAACCCGUUCGUGGCCAAGUCCUGCUCUUCCUGAGAAACAGGCCACGCCCCAUCCUCAGUGUGAUGCUGCUCCCAGGAAACGUCCCUCUGCACGACGUGAAAGUGCAGCACACUGCUUCAGAGUACAUCGAAGCGCCGUCCUUCUGUUAUUUCCACAAAGGUCAAAAGUACAGUCUGAGCAGCGCCCCGCACCACUUUAAAAUACAGCCUGCACGUGCAGAGUUUUUUGAAAAUUACGGACCAAAUUACCACCCGACCUUUGAGAUCAUCCUGACAACGAAGGCAGAGGAAGUGAUGCUGAUGGUGCAAGAUCCCGAGGAGACACGAGUGUGGGAGCAUGACCUUCAUCUGCCCGCUUCAUCCUCGGCUGAUUCUCCAGGUGGAAGUCCUCUUCAGAUGGGGAACAGCGCCUCAGCAGAGAAGCUGCGACUCGCUCGCACAAACUUCGUCGAUAAAGUGUCGGAUCCAGUUCUGAACAAGCUGCUGGACGAGCUGCAGCACGUCACCGUGCUCACUGAUGCUGAGGGCGAAGCGGCCAGAGCCAAACCGAGAGGCGAGAAAGCUCGAGACCUGAUCGACAUGGUGCGAAAGAAAGGAGCUGAAGCAAGUUCAAAAAUGAUCGCCGUCUUUUAUGCCAACGAUCCGUAUCUGUGCAAAGAGCUCGGCUUAGUGUGAAGCACAAAUCUAUGAUGAUCACAUGCACGUAGACAUGAGGUUGGAGGCAAAAUAGAUUUAGCUUCCAGUUCUGGAAAGAAGCUAAUGUAAAAGUACCUAAAAGUUUGAUUUCUCUGUUUCUAACAUUUAUUUUGGGGAGUUUGAGUCUUUAUUGGACAUGACGCUCGUCUUCAGCUCGCAGCAUCAACACUGAGCAUCAUCACCUAACUGUGGCUGAGAAAUAAAGUCAGCUGCUCACUGACGUCACCAAAGAACCGGCUCCGAGAACAACACCGACUCCACAUAAGGAUAGAAACUGGCACUGAUGCAGCUUUAGAGCAUGACCUGUGAUGAAGUGUGCACUUUUUGCAAUAAACUCGAUUGCAUUAUGUUUUUACUUAUUUAAAUUUGUAAUUGUUUAUAUAUUGUCAGUUUUAUUAUUUUUAUUGAAGUUGAAACUAAUACACAAACUUCCAAUAAACAAAACUCCUGGAUGUUU